AUGUCACACGAAUCGGAUGCUCUGUUAGGUAACAGCCCAUCCCGACCGCGUCAACAACUAUCUCAUUAUCUUCAAAAUGAACUCGAUCCACGUCGCGGAGACCUUCUUCUCCUGCUCUGUUAUGUUAUAACAGGCUUAUUAGAUAGCUCGGCUGUCUUCAUCUGGGGUUCAUUUGUGAGCAUGCAAACCGGUAAUACGGUCUACUUCGCACUUGGGCUCGUCGGGACCAAUGACGACCGUUGGAUCAAAUCGGGGGUCUCAAUCGCAGGAUUCUGCCUGGGAUCAUUUUGUUUUGCAAGCUUACAUCGUAUCUUUCCACCGCGGCAACGUUGGGUUCUCUGUACCUCGUUCCUUGUGCAAUUUCUCUGUAUCGCCAUCGCUGCCAGCAUAGUCACCGUUUUCCGGCCAGCUCGAGACGCACCAUUGAGCUGGCUGGUCCUUGUCCCCAUCGCAUUAGUGGCUUUCCAAAGCAGUGGACAAGCAGUGACUAGUCGAGUCCUCAAGCAUAAUGGAUUGACCAGCGUUGUUCUCACGAGCAUCUAUUGCGAUCUGUUUUCGCACCCUGAUCUUCUAUCGCCCAGAGUCGUUAGUGAUGCCAGCCAACUGCGUCGCAUAGGAGCAGUGAUAUGCUUAUUAUUUGGCACCAUCCUGGGAGGGCUGUGGGCACAUAGCUCAGUUGGCCUGAUGGGUGCUCUGUGGACUGCAGCAUUUCUCAAAGUCGUCAUUAUUCUCGUAUGGUUGAUAUGGAAGCGAGAUGAAGAUCAACAUAAUGCGAUAUAA